UAGGUGGCAGUAAUGUGCCUUAACGCUGCGUGCCAGCUGCCAUAAAACAAUACAAGAAGAAGAACUGAAGAAGAAGUUACUCUUAGGUCAAUCUUGAUUCUUACCUGGAUAAUCUCCAUCUGGAGUCCAGACACAGCAGGUUUGUUUCAGGAAGGGCAUCGGCGUAAAACUCUGCCAAACCACCGUUUGGCGACCCCUGACGGGAUUAACCAAAAGGAGCGCGUCUCCCUUAUCAAGCGCCGGGACGUCUGAGCCUCCACCACCAUGACAGACAACAAACGUCUCGCCUACUCCAUCAUCCAGUUCCUCCACGAUCAGCUGCAGUCCGGCGGUUUAUCCUCGGACGCUCAGGAGAGUUUGGAAGUUGCUGUUCAGUGUUUGGAGACGGCGUUUGACGUUUCCACGGAUGACCAGAGUCUUGCCGUCCCCGUGACGUUACCAGAGAUCUUCGCCAGCGCCACAGCGCAGUUUCCAGCUCAGUCGCAGGUAAACAACAAUUCCAGCACCAACUCCCCGACGGAGGAGCAGAGAGCGGAGGCCGAGCGGCUGAAAAGUGAUGGAAACGACCAAAUGAAGGUGGAGAACUUCGCCGCCGCCGUGGAGUUUUACUCAAAGGCCAUCGCCCUGAACCCCCAGAACGCCGUCUACUACUGCAACAGGGCGGCAGCGUUCAGCAAACUAGGGAACUACGCUGGAGCUGUGCAGGACUGUGAGCAGGCCAUCGGCAUCGACCCCAACUACAGCAAAGCCUAUGGACGGAUGGGUUUGGCUCUUGCCAGCCUGAACAAACACACUGAAGCUGUCGGUUACUACAAGAAGGCGCUGGAGUUGGACCCAGACAACGACACCUACAAGACCAACCUGAAAAUCGCAGAGGAGAAGAUGGAGACGUCCAGUCCGACUGCAGGUAUGGGCGGAGUGGACCUGGCCGGUCUUCUCAGUAACCCCGGCUUCAUGAACAUGGCGUCCUCUCUAAUGAGCAACCCUCAGGUCCAGCAGCUGAUGUCUGGGAUGAUGUCUGGAGCAUACGGCGGGAUGGGAGGCGGCGGCGGUGGUGGUAGUGGCGGCGGCGGUGGCGGUGGCGGAGGAGGUGGAGUAGGGGGAGGAGUUGGCGGCGCAGCCCCCACAGCCCCUGCAGCAGGAGAUCUGUCGGGACUAAUCCAGGCAGGGCAGCAGUUCGCUCAGCAGAUGCAGCAGCAGAACCCUGAACUCAUCGAACAGCUGAGGAAUCAAAUCCGCAACCGAACGCCCAGCGCCGGGAAUGAGGAGCAGCCAUGACACCCGCAGACGGUUGGACAGAGGAGGAGGAGGACGAUGAUGAGGAGGAGACAUCCGGCCUUUUUCUUUUCUGACAUGGAUGUAGAACUCAGAGGACUAAAGGAUUGUUUUGUGUUUUCAUCACUGCGUAACGGCUGCAUGACCGACGGCGGAGCCUCCCGCUUCGCACAGGAGCCUGGUCACAAAAAGUCCCCGCCUCCUGCAGCUCCAUGUGCUUGGAGGGACGAGUGCUUCACCAUCCGGGGUUCGUUAAGGAAGCUACAAGAACACGGACAUCACUUUGACCAGCUUGAAAUGCUUUUGAGUUUCUUCGGAAAAUCAACAGCGUUACUCUGAAGGUUUUUUUUCCCUCCAGUUCGGUUUUUGUAAGGGAUGUGUGCAAAUGAACGAACUUCAAUGUCCUCCGCUCUCGACCACACGGAGCUGCGGGGCGGCACUUUGAACACAGAUGAAUUAAAGAAAGAACCUCAACAUUU